AUCUAGUUGAGUGUCUAUUGUAAUAAAGACAUACCUCUCGUACGCAAGGUUUUGAUUCGUUAAUGACAUAAUAGCUUCAAUCACGUGAUUAAAUUUAGAGUGGAUGUCAUUUAUGUCAAAUUAGUCGCAAAAGCAUCAUGGCACAUUGGAGCGUAUGGUGCUUCGCGAUUGUCUUGGGAGUUUCUGUAGAUGGACAAGGUCAAGCAAAUUGGAACUGGGAUCAGAAAACGUCACUAGAUAACUACGUGUAUAGAGAUGAUCCUUCGUACACAUUCUCUCUCACCGAAACACGACGUUACGAUAGCAACGAUGAUACUAUCGAAGAUACGACCAUCUAUUACCUGAAUAUGACGUCACAGACUUGGAAAACUAAUAGAGAGAGUAGUCGCCCAGUCUGGGUCCAUCAACUCAUGGUAACCGUCCCUGACAAUGUCAAUGUGUUUGAUACGGCCUUCCUCUUUAUUGGAGCUGGAAUGAAUGAUGAGCCAGAAUUGCCGGAUCCGGAAACUUCAAAUCUGCUAGAUGGCGCUGCUCGGGUUUCACAGCGUACUCAAAUGGUUGGAGCAUACCUUAUGCAAGUUCCUCAACAGCCCGUGACUCUUCCUAAAUCAAGUCGACCAGAUCUUGAACGUGUAGAGGAUUCGAUCAUUGCCUGGACUUGGAGGGAAUACAUUGAAGGGAAUGCAACUGACCCCGAACUGCUACUUUACUACCCUAUGGUCAAGGCCUCAGUACGGGCGAUGGACACGAUUGCAAACUUUACAAUGACACAAGAUCAACGGUUCAACAUUACAAAGUUUUUUACUGCGGGAGCAUCUAAGCGAGGUUGGACCACGUGGUUAGUUGCUGCAGUUGACCAAAGGGUUAUCGGAGCCGUUCCACAAGUCUUCAGCGUUCUUAAACUCGUUGAGACGGUCAAUUACCACUAUAGAGCGUAUGGGGGCUGGGCUUGGGCAUUUGGCCCGUACUGGGACGAAAAUAUUACGCAGUAUCUACAGGAUCCACGAACACAAGACAUGGCAAAUCUUAUUGACCCUUAUUCAUACAGAAGCAGACUGACGGUUCCCAUGAUGAUCAUUCAAACGACAGCCGACGAGUUCUUCCGACCCGACGAGCCCGGCUUCUGGUAUCACGAUCUUACACAGCCUAAAUGGAUAUGGAUGCUUGUAGAUAGCAACCACGCUAUGAUUGGUUACUGGGAUGAAAUCUUCGCAAAUAUGGGCAACUUUUUCUUGGGUAUAUUACAGAAUUACCAGCUUCCCUCUUUUUCAUGGACAAAAGAAACAACUGCAACAAGUGCUAGCAUUACCAUGACAACACCAACUGAACCUAGUGCUGUGCGCUGCUGGUACGGCGAAACUGCUGACGGUCCUAAUGGUGCAGUGAGAAGAGACUUCAGGUGGUUGGUUCGCGGCCCUGAAGAUGGCGAUAUAGAUAUUAACGAAGUUUUCUGGUCGGAGGCAACUCCCCUUAACUUUCAAGAAGUUGAAGAAGGCCGUAUGUGGCGGUGUGGAUUUGAUGCUCCCGAAGCAGGGUGGUUGGGAUUUUUUAUUGAGAUGGAAUACGAUUUUCCCGGAAAUGACGUUCCACCAGAAGUCCUGAAGUUUUCCACAGAGCUACAUGUGACACCAAAUACAUGGCCUUUUCCACAAUGCGGCGGCCCUAGUGAAUGCUGGGGUAGAAUUGUUUAAUAUGAGGAAAACCCAAAAAAAUAAAUAAAAUCUCAAAAUUCUCAAAAUUUUUGUAACUGUACUCAACAUUCG